AUGAAAAUCCUAAGUUGGAACGUCCGUGGUUUGGGGAAUCCACGGACAGUAUGGAGACUUCGACAUUCGCUGAAGUUAUAUAAUCCCCAAAUUGUCUUCUUCAUGAAGACAAAAAUAAUUAGGAACCAGUUGGAAAGAAUACGAAGGAGAUGUGGUUUUCAGAAUGGUAUUGAUGUUGAUUCAAACGGUUCGAGAGGAGGAUUAUGUUUGGCAUGGCGAGAUGAUGUUACUAUUAGCCUUCGAAGUUUUUCAAAAAGGCAUAUUGAUGUGAUCAUGGAAGCUACAGGUGAAGGUAACAGGAGGAGAUUUACUGGGUUUUAUGGUUCUACAUAUAUGCAGGGUAAGAAUGAGUCUUGGGAUUUGUUAAAAAACUUGAGAAAUGCUGAAGAGCUUCCAUGGUUUGUUUGUGGGGAUUUUAACGAAAUUAUGUAUGGGCAUGAAAAGAGGGGUGGCUUACCUAGAGAGGAAAGAUAUAUGGACGCAUUUCGUACAUUGUUAACAGAUUGUCAUCUAGUGGACGUGGGUUAUAUAGGGAAUUGGUUUACUUGGAAAAGAGGGAAUUUACCGAAAACGAACAUUCAAGAACGGCUGGAUAGGGGAGUUACUAAUGAGGACUGGCUAUCUCUAUUUCUUGAUGCAAUAAUUCAACAUCUCCCACAUUCCUUUUCGGAUCAUUGCCCACUUCUUAUUAAUAAAAAAAGGGAAGAUAAUGAGCGGCCAAAAAGAAGUUUCAAAUUCGAAGCUUGGUGGGUCUUGGAGGAAUCAUUUGCUGAGGAGUUACGAUAUAUAUGGGAUAAUUCAACUGGGGAGUUGGUACAAAAAUUGGAAAAGGUAAGCAUAGGCUUGACCAGAUGGGCCAGUCAAAUUCGACGUAGUAGGAAGAUAAAAAAGGAGAUGCUAACAGCUAGAUUGGUUGAGCUGAUGAAUCUGAUAGGGAUGAUGAAAAUUUGGCAGAACUUAUUGAUACGAAGAUCCAACUAG